GGCCAGAACUCGAACCUGGACCGCUCAAUCCGGGGACGAGCGCACUAACCAUGAGGCCACCGCGCCUCCCGUUCGGGCAUACCUGAUGUUAAUGACUGAGAGGUCUGUACCAAUUAUUAUAUUGACGGAAUUCCAUGAAGGAAGUCACGACAUGACAAGAGUGCAACACUUGUCAUUCUGAUCCCGGCCAUGAGCCGCGAUUCUUUUGGUCAGCACCAGAAAGUUUGGGUUACACCAAUUCGGGACCUCCAUUAAAUUAGCAACUGCUUGUAUAAUGACCUCCGAGGGAACCCGAUUUGUUAAACUCUCAAUUUCUCUCUCUCUCUCUCUCUCUCUCUCUCUCUCUCUCUCUCUCUCUCUGUUCUUUCCCUGGCUUCCUUUGUCUGGACAAGUUAAAACGUGAUUUAUUAUGUAAUCAGUCAUUAGCUCAGGCGUGGUCACGUGAUCUUAAAAGCACUGGGCGCUUUGCAUUCAACCAAAAAUUCCAGUUUGCAUUUCCUGAAAUUUCCAGUGGCGAACGAAACUGCAUUUUCUACAAUUUUCGGAAAUAAAGACCAGCUCGCGAGGUAUACCAAAUUUUACAAAGUUUCUUUCCGGGAAUUUCUAUUUCAUUUGAUUUUAAUCCCAGAAUUUCUGGUUGGCGUUUCGGAAAUUUAACAAUGUUCGGAGUUUUCCGGAAAAUUCCCUUGGCAAUUGUCCCCGUUUCGAAAGUGCAGUAAUUGUUGAUCAAAUGAAAGGCGCCCACUGUUUUGUUUGUUUAUUUAUUUUAAUAAUGGGGCCAUUUAUACAGAAAAAUAAUCCACGGCUUACACAAGCCGAGGAUUAUAUUUCUCGUAUAAAUGGCCCUAAUGGUGAAGUGUUAGUUGUUUUGCGCUACGUGGGUUGAGAUUUCCGGGCCGUUAGUACACUCUUAAUAGCGGCGGGAAAGCAUUUAAUUGCAUUAAGCCACCUCUUAAUAGACUAGCUCAUUGGUAGAGCUAUAGCGCAUUAUUGAGAAGACCGGCAACAAAGAUAAUGUUUCUGUCAAGCCAAGUUCCGGUAGAAAAUGGUCCUAUAAAAUAUUAAUCUCACGUUUACGUUUUAUGCCAGAGAAACCACUGUAAAAGAGUAGCUUAACUUAGCUUAGUCGUGCCACACCUUUCUCAGACCAGUAUUGUAGUAAAAAAAAAAUCCUUCGUAAAACUGAGGCAGAUCGUUAAUAUUUAUGGUUUAACAUUGCAUUUGGUAAAAAAGGAAAAAAAAUCUUCUCUUUUUGUUGAAGUGGCCUCAUCAGAAUUAACUAAUUAAGGAGUUGUCAAUGGAGAAAUGUUAGCAAAAAGUCUCGAAAUGUCAUUGAUUUGUCUUUAUAGCAUUUACGGCGAUAUUUGUGUGAGGUAACAAUUUAAUCCAUUCGGAUUCUUAAGCAAAGAUAACAGAAACGUUCAGGGAACGAAAUCUUAUUAUUACCUUAGUUUUGUGUGCAGCUGUUAUCCUUGCGCAAAUCGUCCCUGGCCUUUUUCAUAUUCAAAUUGGCAUUUUGAUCACCUCAGAAGCAACCCAUUAAACAUCCCAAUCAAGGAAGUUCGCGGAGUUAAUAGCCUUUCAAACAGAUUUCCUACAAAAACUAUCUGUUGGUUGCCUGUGAUAGCAGUAUAAUUCAUGCAUGCUUUUGUUCGAUGAAAAUAAAAUAUACAUAUUAUUCAAACUCAAUUUACUGCUUUUUUUCAUUAACGUGAAAUGUCGACUUAGAUUCAGUGUAAGUGGAAUUUCAUUUUAAAGCGCAGAACUUUGACUAUUGGGAGCGAAACAUGAAACCACCUUGUUUAAUUGUCUAAUAGCCUCAGGCGGUCCCAUAAUGUAUUUUUUUUCGUUUACAUUAGACUGAAGAUAAAGUGAUUCACAAGGACCAGAUUCAGUUAGCUCAGAACCGCUUGCUGACAUCUCUUGGUUUCGCGUAAUCCGCCAACUGAUUUCGAAGAGUAUCUUAAAAUGAGCUCACUGCUUAAUUGUACACAAAAUAAUACGGACCCAUUCUUGAAUAUUAGCGUGGAGAACUGUGAACUGUUCGCUGAAAGUUCGACGUCUGUAAAAUGGCUUAAAACCUUUGCUUAUUCUGUAAUCUUGCUAUUCUCACUUUUUGGAAACUUAGCUGUGAUUCUCAUUGUUUGGAAAAACGAACGUAUGCGGACAACUACGAAUCUCUUGAUCGCCAACAUGGCCGCUUCGGAUUUACUGAUCUCUGUGUUUGCUGUCCCACGCGAACUCACGGAAACUUUUGGUGGUAAACGAAGAUGGCUCAUAGACGGAGUUUUGGGUUUGGUAUCGUGUAAGCUUGUCUACGUGUUUCAAGAUAUAUCAACUGCGGUGUCCAUACAGAGUUUGGUGAUUAUUGCCAUCGAUAGGUACCGAGGGGUGGUGUACCCAUUUCACCUCCCACUUAUCACAUCAAAAGUCUGCAAGGCUGUAAUUCCCAUCAUCUGGAUUAUUGCUGUAGGUCUACACAGCCCGUAUUUCUACACUGUACGACUGUUGGUGCAAGAUAACAAGUGGUAUUGCGAGUUCAACUGGGCGCCAAAGUUUGACAACAGAGAAACUCAAGAAAAAUACUUUGUCUUCAUUUCAAUAAUUUUAAUUUUCCUUCCUCUGUGUGUCAUUCUCACGUUAUAUACUCGCAUUGUUUUAGAGCUAAAGAAAAGGAAUAAUAUCAACAGCACGGUAUCAGAACUUAGACGUCAAAGGCAAAAAGAAGAUAUCGCAAUCGUUAAAAAGAUUCUCGCCAUAGUUUUUCUUUUCAUUGUUUGCAUCGUGCCAGUUACCAUAAUGGCGCUUUUAUUAUAUUUUGUAUGGAAUUGGACGCUUCCAUGUGGAAUGGAUAAAUUAUAUGUAGCUGCAAAAUAUGUUUUCUAUUCCAACGCCUCUUUAAACCCUUGCGUUUAUUUUACUUUAAACAAAAAGUAUCGCCAGGGAUUAAAAGAUUUAACAAGAUGCUUAUCAGAUUCCGCGCGGGAACGAGAGUUAGAAAUAGCACUGCAAUAAGCAUGUUACCACAGAAUUAUUAACAAAUAAAAGUGAUCAAUUUGAGAGUUAGAGUGUGAUCCAGAAAAUGUCAAAAAAAGCCACAAAAGAAUAUAGUAAAUAGUGAAGUUGAAAGGUGUUUUCAAGAUUCGAAAAAGAAAGCAUACUAAAUUGUGUCAAUUCGCUUAUAUCAAGUAGCUUAAAUUGUAUGUAAAAUGUGCAGACGACAAUUACAAAAGACGUUCAAAAGGGCAUGUAGAAAAAAACUUAGCU